AUGGCAACACGGAGAUCAGCUCGUCUUGCUGCCUUAGCCAGCACAAAGGCUACGGCUCCAGCCCCUCCUUCAGCUCCCGCAGCAUCACGGAAGCGAAAGGCUUCCCAAACAGUCUCAGAAGAUGCCGAUGGCGCACCUUCUACACCACGCCGGCGGCGUGCUAUCAAGAAUGAGCAGACCGUCGGCCCCUUAGGAGCACCCACUCCAGCCGCAGUGAAACUCAUGACGGACGGGACCUGCUCUCACAACACAUCGACCCCGUCCUCGAAGCCCAAGCCCGCGUCCAUCACCCGUCUUGCCGACCCCAACCGCACCAACGCCGUCCUCCGCUCACCCAACACCUCCCGCAUAAUUACCUCCUCCCCAGUGUCUAGUCCCGCAAAGUCCAAACUCAGCCAGAGCGUCGCCCCCUCACCAACCCAAGCACCCUCCUCAACAGUUGGAGCCAUCACGACAACCGAGAACAUCCUCCAAAAAGCCGUCGACCACCUCAUCAGCGUUGAGCCCCGUCUCAAACCCCUCAUCGACAAGUAUCCUUGUCGACUAUUCUCCCCUGAGGGUUUCGCUGAGCAAGUAGAUCCGUUUGAAGCCCUAGCAAGCAGUAUCAUCGCCCAACAAGUCAGCGGCGCAGCCGCGAAAAGUAUCAAGGCGAAGUUCAUCGCGCUGUUUAAACCGUCCAACUCUGAUGGCGACGCUUCUCAGCCUCAACUCUGGGACGAGGACCAAGCCCAGCCCCCAUCCCAGUCUCAACAACCCUUCCUUUCCCGAUAUUUCCCCUCCCCAGCGCAGGUGGCAGCCACCCCGCUAGAGACUCUCCGCACGGCCGGUUUAUCUCAACGCAAAGCGGAAUACCUCCACUCCCUCUCACAAGCCUUCCUCUCCGGCACCCUGUCAACCACAACCCUCGCCUCAGCCCCCGACGAAGAACUCAUUACUCUUUUAACCUCACUCCGCGGGAUAGGCCGCUGGACAGCUGAAAUGUUCGCCGUGUUUGCGUUGAAGAGGAUGGAUGUGUUUUCGACGGGGGAUUUGGGGGUUCAGAGGGGGUUGGCGAGAUUCAUGGGGAAGGAUGUGGGGAGGUUGAGGAAUGGAGGGGGGGAAAGAAAGGGAAGUGGAAGUAUAUGA